UCUCUUCAAGCUUCAUAGUAGUCUUCUUCCGACUCUGUCUCUUCCUCUCUCUCUCUCUCUCUCUCUCUCUUUUGAGACAUGGAGGCUGAACAGCGUGAUGGGUUCACUCUCACCUUGCCCCCCUUGCAUGUGGGCUCUACCUCUUUCUUCAAGACCUGUUUCAAUGGACUCAAUGCUUUAUCAGGAGUUGGGAUCCUUUCCAUCCCAUAUGCCCUUUCAUCGGGAGGGUGGUUGAGCUUGGUUCUUCUACUUGUUAUCGCCACUGCAACUUUCUACACAGGCUUGCUACUCAGAAGAUGUAUGGAUGCCCAUCCAAAUAUCCGAACUUACCCUGAUGUUGGCGAGCGAGCAUUUGGGAAGAAGGAAAGAUUACUCGUAUCUGUUUUCAUGUAUACCGAGCUCUACUUGGUUGCAACAGGCUUUCUAAUCCUCGAAGGGGAUAAUCUACAUAAUCUGUUUCCGAACAUGGGGCUUGAGAUUUGGGGAUUAGUGAUUGAUGGGAGACGAAGCUUCAUAAUCAUUGUGGGCCUUGUUAUUUUGCCUUCUGUCUUGGUGAACAACCUCAAUAUUCUUUCUUGUAUAUCAGCCAUCGGUGUUUUAGCUUGUAUCAUCAUUCUUGGCUCAAUUCUAUGGACCGGGGCCUUUGAUGGAGUUGGAUUUGAUGAGAAGGGAACAAGUCUAAAUUGGCAGGGAAUCCCCACUGCUAUUAGCUUAUAUGCCUUCUGUUAUUGUGCCCAUCCGGUCUUCCCCACCUUGUACACUUCUAUGAGGAAGAAGCAUCAAUUUUCUAAUGUAAGUUUGAAAUCUUCAAUUAUUUUUUACAUGUCCAAUUGUUCAGUGAUGCGACGCUAGUCUUUUCGCUUAUAAAUAUCUGUGGACGAUAAAGCAUUUGUAGCUUGGCAGUUUCCUUCAAAGCAUGACACAAUUUUGUUUCUAA